UCACAGUGGAAUCGCUUAACCAUGCUAUUGAUUAAAUACAGGAGUUACGGAACUACGUACUGGGACUGGUCUGAAGAUGACGAAAUAUUCGUCGAACCCGUCUGCGAACUUCACCUACCCGACAGGAGCAAGGUGGACGUGCGAUGGGUCAACGAAACGUUGCGCAAACCCCGUAAUUAUCUGGAGACACCCUGCAGCAGUUGCGGCACCAUCGACAUCGGACUCAUUGACGUCUACCAGUGCUGCGUCUGCGAGGAUUACAUAAUCUGCUACCGUUGCUAUCGCAAUGGUUACCACACCCUCGUACAUCCCUUCACGACCUACGAGAUUGACGAUACGUACCAUUGGGCCAUCAAUCUGAGGGUGCGGAGGGGCGCCAAACAGGAGCUCUUCAGGAUACUCAGAAACCAUGGCAACUCCGAAUCGAAUUUGGUGUUCCCCACGCACAAAAUCAAAAUAGAUAAGGGUACUAAAAGAAAAAGGAAAUCGAGUCCUCUGAUAGCAAUGCUCUUCGGAGAUGUUGAAUUUGUGAAAGAAUUUAUCGAGAAAGGUGAAACUUUGGACACGGCGGAUAGGGAAGGAGACACUCUGCUACAUUACGCAGUCUUCGGAAACCACACGGAGAUCAUCAGACUGUUGGCAAAGAAUCCCUACAUAAACAAACGCAACGUCCACGGACAAACACCUCUUCAUUGCGCAGCGCGGUACAGCUCACCGGAAUGCGUGAAGAUCCUUUUAGCAGCGAAAGCGAAGCACACGUGCACAGAUGGCAAAGGGAACACGGCCCUUCACUGCGCGGCGAUCGGUUCUCACAACGAGAAUCUGAAGAUGCUGAUAGUUGCAGGCGCCGAUUUGGAGGCGAGCAACGACAGAGGAUGCACCGCUCUCCAUUUGGCCGCUAUCCAUCAGGCAGUUCCGGCCGCGAAGAUCCUGCUGGAAGCGGGAGCGAACCCCAACUGCAAGAGGCAUCUGGAAAGCACACCUCUGCACGAGGCAGCGCAGAAUCCUUCGGAGAUUUUGGAGCUUCUGGUUAAGGGUGGAUGUGAAGUGAACGCGUCAAAUCGCGAAGGCAGUACGGCUCUACAUGUCUUAGCUAAAUCCUCGGUGAAUGUGAAGCACGUUAAGAAAUUGCUGAGAGCCGGCGCCGAUCCGAACAUGAGGGAGUGUUCGGGGUAUACGGCGUUGCAUAAAGCCGCGGAAACAGGUCCGGCAAAUCUGAAGACUCUCGUUAAAGCCGGUACCAAAGUGAACGCUGUCGAUGUUAGAGGCCGUACGGCUCUUCACUGCGCGGUGCAGGAAGAAAGCGAGAUGUCCAUUCAGAUCUUGUUGACGACGGGGAUCGAUGCUAACAUUAAGAACUUCAACGGUUACACGGCUCUGCAGGAAGCAGCGAAAAGUGCGGAUGGUUCGAUCUUGCGAUUACUGCUUGAGGGUGGUGUCGAUCCUAAUACGAAGGAUUCUCGAGGAAACACGGCCUUGCAUGUAGCCGUGCAAGAGAAUCGCAUCGAAAUCGUCCAGAUCCUCUGCUCAUCGCGUAAAAUGGAUACGUCUGUGACGAAUGAUCGUGGAUUCAACGCUCUUCACGAAGCAGCUCGAUUGGGACAUGCGGCUGCGACCGCGAGGAUCCUGCAACGUUCACCUGAAUUGGUCGAUCUGCGAUCAAUGCAGAACGGUAAAGCGCCCUUGCAUAUGUCCACCGCAUAUUCGGACGUAUUGAAAUUCUUGCUGAGACUGGGGAAGGCUAAUAUUAAUCUGAAGACUACCAACGGCAAAACCGCACUUCACAUAGCCGUCAGCGAAACCCAUCAGGCGGCUGUUGAGAUUCUGGUCAGCAAUAAAGCAGAUGUCAACGUAACAGACGCGGACGGCAACAGCAGUCUUCACAUAACAGUGUUGAACAUAACAGUUCGCACCAGGAUGAACCCAACAGACGACGUCAUCCGCGACAUGUUCAAAUUGAUCAAGAACUCGAACGUCCGCUCUUCGGACAUCGAAAUCGCGUGCUAUUUGAUUGCUGCAGGUGCAAACGUUUACGCGCUCAACUCGAACGGGCAAACUCCUCUCGAUAUCGUGAAGAAUCCGGACAUGCAGGCUGUGAUGAAGGGCUUCAGGCCACCAGCGGAAUGCAGAUUCUGUACAAACACUUCCGAGGAAAACGUGCGUCUGGAGCCGUGCAAUCACGCACCGGCGUGCAUCCAUUGCUCGUCCUACAUGAAGAAAUGCCUCGUCUGCAAAGUUCUCAUCCAGAAUCGCUUGAUAAUGAAAGACACCGUCGUAAUACCCAGAAGUCCUAAAGAUGUGACGAAGCAGAUCGCCCAACUGGAGACGAAAAUAGCCGAAUUCGAGACCCGGCAAGAAGGAGUCGCUUGCACCAUCUGCAUGGACAGGCCUAAAACUAUUGUCUUCAAGUGCGGACACAGCUCGUGCAAAGUCUGCGCAAGCAUCCUUUGGUCAUGUCACAUAUGUCGCGAAAUUAUCACCAUCAAAUUCAAAAUUAUCUAAUUUCAAACGCUACCUAAACAUGAUCCGAAAUCCAAGCUGAAAUAUAUAAAAUAAUUUCUAUAAAAACUCAUACGAGAUGUAUAUUUUUUUUAUAAGAAAUCGGACAUGUUUAGAAGAAAAACGAAACAAAUCUAGGCGCUCCACCUAACAAAGAAUCUGAAGUUCCUAGAUCCAAACGCAAACAUUACCUGAACCCUAUACACAGAUGAUAUCAAAGAAGUUUAUGCUCAAAAUUGUGUGUCAAUGUUCAUUCAAUUCAACCAUUCAAACCAUAAAAAUAAG